AUGUCAGCGUUCAAGUCUGGGGAGCUGUCGAGCCUGCUGGUCGGCGAAGCAAAGAAGAGCGCGGCGAUCAACACGCAGCUAGACGAUCUGUUCAAGAACGCGCCGCCCAAGGUCGCGGCCAAGCCCGUGGUUUCCAACCCGAUCCCGAUCAAGAAGAAGAAGCCGCGCAAGGAGAAGAAGCGGAAGCACGCGCAGACGGCGGAGACUCCGGAGGACUCGAUUCGCACAGCAAAGAGCCGGCGCGCGCGGCAGGCCAAGGCACAGCAGGCGAGUCGUAAGAAGAAGCAGCUGCUUGGGCGGAUGCCGCGGGACGCCGAGGUGGUAGGGCGCACGGCGUUCUUUGGCAACGUGACGGUGGCAGCAAUCACUGACAAGAAAGUGUACAAUGAAUUGCGCUCGCUAUGCGAGCAGUUCGGCAAGAUCAAGAGCGUGCGGUUCCGGUCGAUUUCGUUCUCUGACAUGCUGCCGCGCAAGCUGGCGUUCAUCCAGGGCAAGUUCCACUCGGAACGGCAGGUGUGCAAUGCAUACGUGGAGUUUGUCGAGACGGCAGCGGCGGAAAAGUGCAUUGGGCUGAACGGCAACAUCUUCCACGACCACCACCUGCGGGUGGACCUGGCCGGUAACGAGAAGUCGCACGAUAUGAAGCGCUCGGUGUUCAUUGGCAAUCUGGACUUUGAGGCUGAGGAGGAGGACCUGUGGCGGCAUUUCGGCACGUGCGGCUCGGUCGAGAAUGUGCGCGUGGUGCGCGACGCCACGACCAACCUGGGCAAGGGCUUCGCGUACGUGCAGUUUGUGGACCGCGCGACCCGCGCCAGCGAAAAGGCCAUUAAGGAGACAAAGCGCGCCAACGCCAAGGCGGCGGCCAAGACGACCAUGGCCAGGCGCGGCAAGGGAAAGAAUGUCGGCGCGCCGGUCGCCGGUGUGUUUGAGGGAACAAGGUCGGCCAAGGGCGAUAAGCCGUCGGCCAAGAAGCGCCGCACUGUGCGCAGCAAGGCCUUUGCCGAGAAGCGCCUCAAUACUGAGAAGAGCGCUGGCCCAAAGGACAGGCCCUCGUUGCACUGGCCUUUGGCCGGCGCGAGCCCCGUCGGUAUCGGUGCCGAAGCAGUCACUGGAAAGGCGCGUGCUGCAGGAAACGGGAAUGCAGCCCUGCGGUGCUGUGCCUGGAAGCGCUGUGCCCUGGUAUUGCAAGCAUUCCUGCCUGCCUUCAGCUACAACAACAGCCAGAACAAGAGCGUCCAGGAUGCACGCUCUCGCGAGAAUACUGUGUAUAUCAAUAGUAAGGACAGUAGCGCUACUAAUGUCCAGGGCAACUCGAACACGAACCUGAACUACGUGGGCCCGGUCUAG